AUGUAUAGACAAAUACCUUUAACUGUUGCGUUCAGUAGUGAAAACCCUGACGUCAAAAUAAAGGGGAACAGAGUAACGUUUAAGUUUCCAACAGACUGGAUUGUGAACAUAAAUGAAGAGAAGUACAUUGGCAUAACAUCUAUGUAUAUAACACGUGCUUUCAGAAAGGUUGACUUUAUACUUCAAGUCGAGAUAGAAAAUGACGAACAGUCUUUAAGCGCCCAAAACAUUCACAUAUACAAAUACUUUAAAGACGAUACAACAUUGUUGCAAUGUAUGAUUUCAUUUAAUGAGAUGUUCGAGAAAAAGUUCAACAUUGAAGUACAAACUUUACAGCCUUUACGUGAGUUUCUUGCACAACUGAAAGAAGAAGGUAGUCAGCCACAACUUAUAGACUUUCAUUAUGAAUUUAAUGAAAAUGAAGAUGGAACUCAUGACUGUCAAUUCAUUGUAUUCUCACCAUUCAAUGAAGUCGCUAAAGAGAAAAAAAAUCCAUUACGUAUAA